ACCUUUGCACCAUUCGCCAUGAGCGCCACUGACUGGGAGUCCAACGAGGAGCUGCAAUACUUUCGGGAGUAUCUCCGCAUUCCCAGCGUACAUCCCAAUCCCAACUAUGAGCCAUGCGUCGAGUUUCUGAGACGUCAAGCAAAGCAGUUGAAGCUACCCAUUCAAGUUUAUUACCCAGCCAAUGAGCAGAAUCCCGUGGUUGUGCUCACCUGGAAGGGUUUGCAGCCGGAGCUGCCCAGCGUGCUGCUCAACUCGCAUAUGGAUGUGGUGCCCGUCUUCCCCGAGAACUGGAUACAUCCGCCGUUCGGCGCAGAGAUCGAUGAGGAGGGUCGCAUCUUUGCACGCGGCACACAGGACAUGAAGUGCGUGGGCAUGCAGUAUCUGGCAGCCAUUCGGGCUCUAAGGAAGAGCGGCGCGCAGUUCAAGCGAACCAUCCACAUCUCCUUUGUGGCCGACGAAGAAAUGGGAGGCAGACUGGCCAUGCGUCCCUUUGUCGAUUCCAAGGAAUUCCGUGCCCUGAACGUGGGAUUUGGCUUGGAUGAAGGCAUCGCCUCGCCCACAUCUGAGAUUCCCGUCUUCUAUGCCGAACGGACAGUGAGAGAUGUGUUCUUCAAAAUAAGCGGCACAGCCGGACACGGUUCGCUCCUGUUGCCAGACACUGCCGGGGAAAAAUUUAGCUACAUUCUGGGAAAGAUAAUGGCAUUCCGCAAGGUACAAUGUGAAAGGCUCGCAAACAGCCCGGAGCUCUCCAUUGGCGAUGUGACGACCAUUAACCUGACCCGACUGGUGGGUGGAGUGCAGAGCAAUGUGGUGCCGCCGCUGCUGACUGCCUUCUUCGACUGCCGCCUGGCGCUUGACAUUGAGAUUCACGAGUUUGAUGCCCAUCUUCAUAAAUGGGCCGACGAGGCGGGUGGGGGAAUCGAGGUGGAGUACGAGCAGAAGCGGGGACACAUUCCGCCCACUGCCACGGACGAAACGAAUCCCUUCUGGGUGGCUUUCAAGGGUGCCACAGAUCACCUUGGCCUGGAAAUCAAGCUGCAAGUCUUUCCUGGCGGCACCGACGCUCGAUAUCUGCGCAAAGCUGGCAUUCCGGCUUUGGGUUUCUCUCCCAUGAGCCACACUCCGGUUCUGCUCCAUGACCACGACGAGUUCCUGCACGCAGAAACGUAUCUGAAGGGGGUGCAGAUAUAUCAGAAAAUAAUAGCCAAUGUGGCCAGUGUUUGAUGGAUGAGCAAUAAUCAUUAAUAAACGUGUUUCUGCUGGCAGGAUGAUACUUGGCAAUACAGAGAAUACGGGCUCCAGCCCUGCUAGUCUCCACCGUCUUCAGGCAAUGGCUAUCUAUCUUGUCCUUGUGUUGUUGUGUCCUCUAGUUUAAUAUUACUAGCUAGUUGGCCCUCUCAGCCCUAAAUAAAUAAUUUUAUCCGAUAGAUA